AUGGCUUCAGUCGAGCACGCACAGCGAAGCACGUUCAGGAGCAACCCAAGUCUAUCCCUAUCUCUCCCUCUCCCUCUCCCGCUCCCUCCCCCUCCACCGCCAGGCCAAACGGCCACGAUCACGACCCAUCGAACGGUCCCCAUCCCCCAAACGCCCACUGUCUUCACCUCGGCGCCCUCCCCACGAGGGAGCCCCAUCAACGUCACGCCGCCUUCCUCCGCCAUGAUGGCGCCCCCAGCUCGAACCAGCCCCGACAUGGAGACGAACGGCGUGCACGAUCAGAUGAUGGGGGAUCAACCAAGUAGCGCCAGUGUGGCAGGCCCGAAUGCCGCCGCGGCGGCGGCCGCAGGUGCUCAGCAACCCAAGGUCGUCCAGACUGCCUUUAUCCACAAGCUGUACAACAUGUUAGAAGACCCGAGCAUUCAGCAUCUGAUUUCAUGGUCAAAUUCGGCCGAGAGUUUUGUCAUGUCCCCUUCCAAUGAUUUUUCCAAAGUCCUUUCUGACGUUUUUCAUACCGGCUCGCCAGAGUCUCCUCUGUGGGAAUUCAAACACGGGAACGGGAGUUUCAGACGAGGCGAUCUGGUCGGGCUCCGAGAAAUCAAGCGUCGAGCAUCGAGACACGCUCUGGUGAACCGCGAUACAUACUCGGCCCCGAAGCAGCCCCCACCGUCGCAGCCUGGUACCCCGGCGGAACCUAUGCACGCGAUGCACGAAUCUACCGAAUCCCGCUUGACAAACCUGGAGCACACUCUCUACGAGGUGCACGCCAGACUGCAGAGGAGCGAGGACAGUGUCCAUUUCAUGCAUGUCAGGAAUCAGGUCGUCAUGGAAGCCCUCUCUCGCUCGCUUCAGCUGAAUCAGGAUAUGUCACGAGCCAUGCUCUCGGUGGUGCCGGGGCCAGAGACGCAAUUGCACCGCGACGUCGUGAACAUGCAGGCUGAGAGUCAACGACAAAUCGAGAUGAUCCGGUCGUUCGAUGAUCCGCCCGAGCCUCCUUUUUCGGGCAGCCGGUCCUACUUCUCCAGUCUCUCGCUUGACAACGCCCCCGUCUCGCCUCGACAGAUGCCACAAGAUGACCCUCGGCGAGCUCCCCCCAUGAUGGGCGGUAAUCCCUCUCGGCAGGGCUUCCAUCGUCCUACAGUGCCAUCGCACUUAUCCAUUACCCCACGGAGAUAUGGUUCAAUCGGAGCCAACACGUCGUCCCAUUCCUCGCCAAACUCGAUACGCUCCCAAGCCCCGCCCCCGCAACCACCCCCACACCCUCUCCAAACAGUGUCUUCGCCACCGAACAAUCUUGUUCGUAGACACACUUCUGCGGAUAUCCGGGAUGUCCAAGGCUGGCAAGCCAACCCGUCUCCUUUCGCCUCAGGCCGAUCGUUGUCCCAAUGGUCGUCGCCCCCGAAGCGAGGUUCUAGCCAUAUAUCAGAAGAGCAACACAUCCGUGAUAGCUUCAGUUCAUAUUCUCUCACAACGGCAUCAUCCCAAGGCCGUACCGACAACUCCCGUCCUACGACCCCCCCCUUCUCUAAUGGUAGUUCCUCCGACCACCUGAAUACUUGGUCCUGGGGAAGGGAUAAAGGCCUGACAAGUCUCUCUAACAACAACUCCGGACCGCCCACCAGAAGAGGUAGCAUGGCCCAUAUUCUGAACCCAGCAGAAACGGUUGAGAGAGACGAAGAGCCCGAUGAAGAUAUGAGAGAAGAAGAUCGAAAGCGUAAACGCGUGCAGUAG